GGCCAACAUGAUCCGCCCCAUGAUGUAACAUGCGGUACCAAACUAUUUCUGGACCGGCGGCGUAAUAUUAUACUAGUUGCGUGCUCGGCACGAGCCUGAUUCUCUGUUCCACUUUGUCUGGUCCGAACUCGAUAAAGAUGGUUAUGGAGCUCUCAUGGCAGGCUCAAGUGAACCAGCGGGGGCGCCUGCUAGGUAACUCAUCAAGGAAAAGGACGGCAAAGGCAUGUGAUGGCUGCUUCAGAUCCAGGACCCGGUGCGAUGGAAAGUCUCCAUGCGGGCACUGUGCAGAUCGAGGCCGAUCAUGUCGCUACACCAGACUAAGCAAAAAACGUGGUCGCAUACCCUUGUCUCAAAAGAUAGCCAACGGAGCCUCCUCAUUGCAGUCCAGCACUGACGAUACGCCUUCUGAGGAGCGUUCAGAGUUACCAGAUGUAGUACAAGCCUGGCCAAGCACAUCUACAGCUACUCGAUCGUUAAGCAGCGCUGUCGUAGACGAUCAAGCUGCUCAUCGAUUGCCUGAGAACGCUAGGGGCUCGUCGAUAUCCGAAGCUGGUGCUUUAUGUAGCCCAUUUUUUAAUCAACUAGAUGGUGCUAAUCUGCCUCAUUCCCAGUCAAGAGGGAAUCGAAUCCAUUAUAAUCUGGCGGAGGAUGUCGAGCAAACCACAUAUUCCUUACAGCAAAGUCCAAAUGACCCAUACCCCCCCAGGAUCUCUCGAAGCAACAUUAGUGUUCGCUCUACUACAGACAAUGCUGAAGUCUCACCCAACUCAAGGAUAGCUUCCUCAUGGGAUGGCUCUUCAUCAGCCUGUCGGUAUAGCUGCCUGGAGCCUCUUUUACCUUAUAUUAGCGACAUUGUCUCCCCAUCUCUUGCUUGUGAUUUACUCGAUGUCUAUUUCAUUGAACCACGAACUUCGAUUUUUUCUUGUGCUUCUUCAUACGUCCUGGUCCCAAUUAUUCGUAAAAAGUCUCUUCUUCGGCUCUCGAACCCGCGUCCAACGACGCGCGCGCUUUUGUGCACCAUGUUAUGGUGCGCGUCUCAAUCGGCGGAUAUCGCCACUCUCCACAUGCCUGGCUCUCGAUCAUGGAUAUCGAAUCAUUUGUUUGAAGUGGUAACAGCACUGAUCGCAGACAGAGACCCAGAUCGUUUGCGAAGAGUUCCCGACGGUUUGCGAGUUGAAAACACACGACUGGUGUAUUAUGGUACUGAGAAAUCACAGCUGGCAACUCCUAUUGUUACCAACGAACCUGCUGGAGAGAUUGAUGAUGUACUGACGUUCACAUUGCUAUCUAUUGCAAUCUCUGGAGGUGACUUCAAGUCUGACAGUUUAAAAUGGUGGAAUAAAGCUGUCAGGCUUGCCUUUGCCUUGGGAUUUAAUAUUGAAGAUAAACUUGAUGACCCGUCAAGUUCGUCUUUUCCAAGUGUACACGAGUCUUACAAAGCGGGAAAACCUGUUAAUCUAUUGUUAGAAACGGAGGUAAAAGAGGAGCGCCGCAGGGUUUUCUGGUUAUUAUAUUGCCUUGACCGACACCUUGCUAUAUCCUUUAAUUUGGUUUUGAAGAUACCUGAUGAAGUUUGCUCAGUAUUUGUUCCGCUCCCAGAUAGUACUUGGGAAAAUCUGGACACCACAGCACUGGAUAGUCUACCACCGCGGGUACCCGGGCCGCUUACAGUCAUUCAAGGCACAUGUUUCUUCGAAUACUUUCUUCCUUUGAUGGCAAUUCUGGGAGACAUUAUUGAUUUGCAUCACCGAAGAAAUCACCCUCGCUUUGGUGGUCUGAAUGAGAGUCAAGAGGUGACAGUUGUCCUCGAUCUGCUGCACAAAUGUGGAGCAAGUCUGGUUAAAAUGGCGAGAAACAGCCACAUAACAUACUCUAGCGCACUUGAAGCAUAUGCUGUCAAUUUAGGCGACCUCCCAACGCCGAUUUCUGGAUCCCUAGAGACACUUCCGGCCGACCUACAAGGUUCACAUCCUCCCAAAGCCAUGGUUAGAACACAGUUGGUUAUUGCCUACAGUACCCAUAUCCUCCAUGUUCUAUAUGUGCUACUAUACGGGAAGUGGGACGUUAUUUGUAUGCUCGACUGCGAGGAUGACUGGAUUACCUCAUCGAGAUUUGUAGAAGCCGCAUCUCAUGCGAUAUCCGCGUCUCACGCCCUAUCCGAAAUUCUAAAACUAGACCCAGAUCUGACAUUCAUGCCGUAUCUAUUUGGCAUAUACCUCCUCCAUGGAAGUUUCAUCCUUCUUCUAUUUGCAGACCGUAUGCCUCAACUAGGUGCCAAUGACUCUGUGGAAGAGGCGUGCGAGACGAUCAUACGAGCGCACGAAAUAUGUGUGGUGACGCUGAGUACCGAGUUUCAGAGGAACUUCCGCAAAGUUUUACGGUCUACAAUGAAUAGCGUUCGAGGCUUUACGGUAGAUCGUGAAGAGGAAUCUAGAGCGAGACGGAAAGCCUUAUCACUUUAUCGGUGGACCAAGGGUGCCAGGGGGCUCUGUUUGUAAUUGUCAAAUGCUCUUAAUAGCUUCAGCCCUCCAAUUUUCACAGCUAAUGCAUAUUUCCAUUUUAUAAAUUCUCGAACCUCCAAGCUUACACAACAAGAAUAAUAAUAAAU